GGAGAAAGUAAGAAGGGGGAGAGAGAAAGAGAGAGAAGGGAGAGAGAGUGAUUUUUUGGUCUCUCUCUGCUCUCUCCGCUUAGGCACUCAUAUCCACUCAGCUAACUCAAUGGGGCUUUAGCACUAGGGGUUCAAGUAUUAAAUAAAAAAUAUUUAUAGCCCUUAUCCCUUUUACUAUUUAAGUGUUGUACAUAACAUAGGUAGAUAUAGGUAACUUAUUAAGGGAUACCGGGGAGAGGUGAAGACGUCUCCUGAGGCGUGCCUUUUUAUUUUUUGCCUCACAGAAGGUUCAGUCGGAUCCGUCUCAUCGACUGGCUUUCUGUGGGAAAGGAUAACUUCAACAUAUUCUCCAGUGCAGUCCACCUAAGCCGUCAAACAACUACAACACUAUGGAUAUUCGAGAUUGCCCCUUUCGGAAGAAGAGGAGACCAUGGCGCGUGGACCUUUCCUCCUUUGCCUUGGUAACAGUGGCACUCGCCCUUUGCCAAGCUCCCGUGGCUCGUGCAGACCCCGUGGACGUGCUGCGGGUGCUGCAGCUGCCCUCCCUCCCCGAGGGGGUGAAGAAGGUUCCGGGCUUCUGCACCUCCCGCCGGGCCGGCAACGCCGACCAUGCCUACCGCAUCACCAAGAAGGCCCAGAUCUCUGCCCCCACCAAGCAACUCUUCUCAGGUCAUUUCCCAGAGAACUUCUCCAUCAUGGCCCUGGUGAAGGCCCACGCAGGCCUGCAGGCGUUCCUGCUGUCCGUCUACAGCGAGCACGGCGUGCAGCAGCUGGGUCUGGAGCUGGGCCGCUCCCCUGUCUUCCUGUACGAGGACCAGAACGGCAGGCCCGCCCCCGAGGACUACCCCCUGUUCAGAGGCGUCAACCUGGCCGACGGCAAGUGGCACCGCAUCGCUCUGUCUGUGCAGAAGAAGAACGUCACCCUGCUGCUGGACUGUAAGAAGAGGAUGACCCGCUCCCUGCCUCGCAGCGCCAACCCCGUCAUCGACACCAACGGUAUCACCGUGUUUGGAGCCCGUCUCCUCGACGAGGAAGUCUUCCAGGGAGAUAUCCAGCAGCUGCUGAUUGCCUCCAACCCCCAAGCUGCCUACGACUUCUGCGAGCACUACAGCCCCGACUGUGACUCUCCCCUGCCCAAUUUCCAGGCUCAGGACCCCAACACAUACAAGAGCAAGGCUGCUGACAACGGCAAGCCAGCAGCCCCUAAACCCGCCCCUGUUAAAGCCAAACCUGCCCUGGCCAAAGUUGCAAAAGCAGCACCUGCCAAAGUAGUAGCCACCCCUGCUGCCCCCAAGGCAGAACCAGCUGCACCCAAGGCAGAAGCGAUUGCCCUCAAGCCCACCAAGGCAAAGCCUUCCCUGGUUAAGCCAGCAAAAGCCAAGCCCACUGCCAUGGAGGCUCUCCUGGCUAAGAUCAUACCCACCGCAGUUACAGCAGCAGCUAAGCCCAAACCUACACCUGCCCUCAAAAAUGGCGGUGAAAAAAAGGUAAAUGGCAAGCCUGAAGUUGAAAAGAAAGUCAAUGGCAAAGCCACAACUGAUAAGAUUGAGGCUAAAACAAAUGUUAAUGGUAAUGGAAAGCCAGUUGUAGAAAAGAAAGUUAUUAUCCAAGCUAAGGUCAAUGGUGAGGCCAAAGUCAAUGGCAAAGUCACAGUUGACAAAGUUGAGGCUAAACCAGCUGCAGAUAAAAAAGUAAAUGGUGAGGCCAAAGUUAAUGGUAAGGUCAAUGGUGAGGUAAAAGUCAAUGGAAAUGGAAAGGCAGCUGUAGAAACCAAAGUUGAGGCUAAAAUCAAUGGAAAUGGCAAACCAGCUGUAGAAACCAAAGUUGAGGCUAAAGUCAAUGGAAAUGGCAAACCAGCUGCAGAAACCAAAGUUGAGACUAAAGUCAAUGGAAAUGGCAAACCAGCUGCAGAAACCAAAGUUGAGGCCAAAGUAAAUGGCAAACCAGCUGUAGAAACCAAAGUUGAGGCUAAAGCCAAUGGAAAUGGCAAACCAGCUGCAGAAACCAAAGUUGAGGCCAAGGCUAAUGGCAAACCAGCUGCAGAAACCAAAGUUGAGGCCAAGGCCAAUGGCAAACCAGCUGCAGAAACCAAGGUUGAGGCUAAAGCCAAUGGCAAACCAGCUGCAGAAACCAAAGUUGAGGCCAAAGCCAAUGGCAAACCAGCUGCAGAAACCAAAGUUGAGGCCAAAGCCAAUGGCAAACAAGCUGCAGAAACCAAAGUUGAGGCCAAAGCCAAUGGCAAACCAGCUGCAGAAACUAAGGUUGAGGCUAAAGCCAAUGGCAAACCAGAUGCACAAUCCAAAGUUGAAGCCAAAGCCAAUGGCAAACCAGCAGCAGAAACCAAAGUUGAGACCAAAGCCAAUGGCAAGCCAGCUGUAGAAAUCAAAGUUGAGCCCAAAGCAAAUGGCAAACUAGCAGUAGAAACCAAAAUAGAAGCUAAAGCCAAUGGCAAACCAGCUGCAGAAACUAAAGUUGAGGCUAAAGUGAAUGGAAAUGGCAAACCAGUUUCAGGGAAGAAAGAAAAUGGUGACAAAAAAGUUAAUGGCAAUGGUGCAAAACCGGCAAAAACUGAAACCACUAAAACUCAGCCAGAGAAAAAAGAAGUCACUAAAGUAAAAGUAGAAAAAAAUGUUAAACCAACUAAGGCUGCAGAAACACCCAAAGUUCCAGUAGUUAGUGAAGUUAAACCUACAAAGGCAGCAGAAACAGCCAAAGUUGCUGUGGUUAGUGAAGUUAAACCAACUAAGCCUGCAGAAACACCCAAAGUCGCUGUGGUUAGUGAAGUUAAACCAACUAAGGCUGCAGAAAUACCCAAAGUUGUUGUGGUUAGUGAAGUUAAACCAACUAAGGCUGCAGAAAUACCCAAAGUUGCUGUGGCUAGUGAAGUUAAACCAACUAAGGCUGCAGAAAUACCCAAAGUUGUUGUGGUUAGUGAAGUUAAACCAACUAAGGCUGCAGAAAUACCCAAAGUUGUUGUGGUUAGUGAAGUUAAACCAACUAAGGCUGCAGAAAUACCCAAAGUUGUUGUGGUUAGUGAAGUUAAACCAACUAAGGCAACAGAAACACCCAAAGUUCAGGUAACAAAAAUAGAUGUUACUAAAGUCAAGUUACUGAAAACAGAAACUAAGGCGAAACAAGAAGCGAAAACUGAAGUCACAAAAGUCCAGCCGGUCAAGACGAUAGUUAGCAAGGUUGAAAACGUUAAGAGCUUCCACACCCAAAAGCCUCCCUUCCUCAAACCAGUCCUGAAGAAAGAGCCACCAGCCCCUGCCCCUGUCCCUGUCCCACCAAAACCAGAGAAAACCAAAGUGGUCGUUGAGGUUAAUAACGUCAAAUCCACCUCCAAAAAACUCCCUCCUUUCGACAAGACUGCGAUCAGCGGCACCAUCGUCCCUGUGCCGGAAAAACCGAAGAAAACGGGCAACGGUUAUCAACAGGACGUAGAUACUGCACAGUCUGAGGCUGGCCCCACCCCCACAGAGACGGAUUAUUAUUAUACCUUAGAGGAGACAGCGGCCCCCCUGCCAGAGAAUGAGGUGAUUGGACAAGAAGAGACCACCAUCCAGGUGGAGGAGGUCGAUGCGGCCAAGGCCGGGGGUGAGGCCGACCCCUUCACGGAGGAGUAUGUGACUGGAGACAUUGGCCUGAAGGAAUACGAUUAUUCCUACAAGGACUACAGCGAUCCACAGCCCGAGGGGGAGGCCGAAGCCAAGAUGGGCCCCGCUCUGUCCGCUGUGACGGACGAGGGAGGCGCCUCAGUGAAAGCCCUGAAGGGAGAGAAGGGAGAUCCCGCUGUCAUGGAGCCUGGCAUGUUGAUUGAAGGACCCCCUGGACCAGAGGGACCAGCUGGUCUGUCGGGUCCCUCUGGCCCCUCCGGGCCCCCUGGCUCUGUUGGUGAUCCUGGUGAGAGGGGUCCUCCUGGCAAGGCAGGAAUCCCCGGGGCUGAUGGCAUCGCCGGACCCCCAGGAACCUCCGUCAUGCUGCCUUUCCGGUUCGGCAGCAGUGGAGGAGAUAAGGGCCCCAUGGUGUCGGCACAGGAAGCUCAGGCCCAGGCCAUCCUGUCUCAGGCCAGGCUGGCACUGAAGGGACCACCUGGACCAAUGGGCUACACUGGUCGCCCAGGACCCCUGGGAACGCCGGGCAGUUCAGGUCUGAAGGGGGAGAGGGAUCCUGGACCUCAGGGCCCCAGAGGACCCCAGGGUUUAGGUGGACCCCCGGGCAAAUCAGGAAGAAGGGGGCGUGCGGGAGCGGAUGGUGCCAGGGGAAUGCCUGGAGAGUCUGGAUCCAAGGGAGACCGUGGCUUUGAUGGCUUGCCUGGGUUGCCGGGAGACAAAGGUCACAGGGGUGACUCAGGAGGCUUGGGUCCCCAGGGACCACCUGGAGAGGAUGGAGAGAGGGGUGUGCGUGGAAACGAUGGUCCCCAUGGUCCUAAAGGAAACCUGGGACCCCAAGGAGAGCCAGGCCCCCCUGGCCAGCAGGGAACUUCAGGAACUCAGGGAAUGCCCGGACCCCAGGGGGCUCACGGCCCUCCAGGAGAGAAGGGGCCCACAGGGAAGCCUGGUCUGCCAGGGAUGCCCGGUGCUGAUGGACCCCCUGGUCAUCCAGGAAAAGAGGGACCAGUUGGGACCAAGGGUAACCAGGGGCCCAACGGCCCCCAGGGAACUAUUGGCUAUCCUGGCCCUCGUGGAGUCAAGGGAACUCAAGGUAUCCGUGGUCUGAAGGGUCACAAGGGAGAGAAGGGAGAAGAUGGCUUCCCUGGAAUCAAGGGUGAUUUUGGAUCCAAGGGAGAGAGGGGAGAGGGUGGCGUGCCUGGCCCCAGAGGAGAGGAUGGUCCUGAGGGGCCAAAGGGUAGAGUUGGCCCCCCUGGUGAACUGGGGCCCUUGGGCCUGGUGGGAGAGAAGGGUAAACUUGGUGUUCCUGGACUUCCUGGUUACCCUGGUAGACUGGGACCUAAGGGAUCCCUCGGUUUCCCAGGAUUCCCUGGUUCCAACGGCGAGAAGGGAGCGAGGGGUCUGAUUGGAAAGUCUGGACCGCGAGGACAAAGAGGACCCACGGGCCCCAGGGGGCAGAGAGGGCCCAGAGGAUCGACGGGAAAAUCAGGAGCCAAGGGAACAUCAGGAAGCGACGGCCCCUCAGGUCCACUAGGCGAGAGGGGACUCCCCGGACCUCAAGGUGCCAACGGUUUCCCCGGACCAAAGGGACCUCCAGGCCCCCCAGGAAAGGAUGGACUGCCUGGACACCCCGGCCAGAGAGGAGAAGUCGGUUUCCAAGGCAAGACUGGACCACCAGGUCCUCCUGGAGUGGUAGGACCCCAGGGUCCCUCAGGUGAGACUGGGCCCCUGGGCGAGCGCGGCCACCCCGGGCCCCCAGGCCCCCCAGGAGAGCAGGGUCUGUCUGGAGCCUCAGGGAAGGAGGGCACCAAGGGAGACCCUGGUCCCCCCGGAGGCCCUGGCAAGGACGGCCCCCCAGGCUUGAGAGGCUUCCCUGGAGAGAGGGGACUGCCUGGCACCCCGGGAGGCGGUGGACUGAAAGGAAGUGAAGGCCCUGCAGGGCCUCCUGGGCCAGCUGGAUCCCCAGGGGAGAGAGGCCAGGCUGGCACAGCCGGCCCUGUGGGCCCCCCAGGAAGACCAGGCCCCCAGGGGCCCCCUGGAAACGCUGGCGAGAAGGGAGUACCCGGAGAGAAAGGACCGAUUGGGCCAGCGGGUCGUGAUGGGGUCCAAGGCCCAGUGGGUCUGCCUGGUCCUGCUGGAUCUCCAGGGGUUCCCGGAGAGGACGGAGACAAGGGAGAGGUUGGAGAGCACGGCCAGAAGGGAGGAAAGGGUGACAAGGGAGAGCACGGGCCUCCUGGUCCUCCAGGGCCUAUGGGUCCAUUGGGUCAGCCUGGUGCCGCUGGAGCUGAUGGUGAGACAGGAGCCAGGGGACAGCAGGGGCCGUUCGGGGCCAAGGGAGAUGAAGGAACGAGAGGAUUCCCUGGAGCCCCCGGUCCUAUCGGACUGCAGGGACUGCCUGGACCCUCAGGAGAGAAGGGAGAGACAGGAGACGUUGGACCCAUGGGUCCUCCCGGGCCCCCUGGACCCCGUGGCCCUGCUGGCCCCAGCGGUGCCGAUGGUCCUCAAGGUCCUCCUGGUGGUCUUGGUAACCCUGGUAACCUCGGAGAGAAGGGAGAGCCUGGUGAGGGUGGACCCCCUGGAAUCGGAGGAGAGCCAGGAAAGAAGGGCCCUCGCGGAGAACGCGGUGACAAGGGAGAGUCGGGACAGCCAGGCACUGCUGGACCAGCAGGUGGAAGAGGACCUCCAGGAGAUGAUGGACCUAAAGGAAACCCUGGCCCUGUUGGUUUCCCUGGCGAUCCUGGUCCCCCUGGUGAACUGGGCCCCAGAGGUCAAGAUGGAGCGAAGGGAGAGAGAGGAGAGGACGGUGAACAAGGACAAGCUGGCUCUCCUGGACCUACUGGUGAGAACGGCCCCCCCGGCCCUCCUGGGAAGAGGGGUCUGGCUGGAACGAGAGGACCAGAGGGACGGCAGGGAGAGAAGGGAACCAAGGGAGACCCAGGUGCCGUUGGCCCCGCAGGGAAGACAGGACCAGUCGGACCUCAGGGUCAGCCAGGCAAACCAGGAACUGAGGGUCUGAGAGGCCUUCCUGGAUCAGUGGGUGAGCAAGGAUCUCCGGGUCCUGCAGGACAGAAGGGACCUCCAGGACCCCUGGGUCCCCCCGGUCUACCAGGGCUUCGUGGAGAUGGCGGCUCCAAGGGAGAGAAGGGCCACCCUGGUCUCAUCGGGCUGAUCGGGCCCCCGGGAGAGCAGGGAGAGAAGGGAGACCGGGGCCUGCCAGGGCCUCAGGGAACCUUUGGAUCCAAGGGAGAAACUGGUAUGCCUGGUGGAACUGGUCCUCUGGGACCUGCUGGUCCUGCUGGUUUGCCUGGACCUCAAGGUAUCAAAGGAGCCAAGGGUGCAAGCGGUGGCGCUGGUCCCAAGGGAGAGAAGGGAGUCCAAGGACCUGCUGGAGCUCCUGGCCCCCCAGGCGACGUCAUCCAGCCACUCCCCAUCCAGAUCCCCAAGAAGUCCAAGCGCUCCAUCGAUGCCUCCAAGAUGCUCGCCGAGUCCGAUGCCGAGGCCGGCGCGGCCGACGCCACGGGCAAAGACUUCCUGACGGGCACGGAGGGCAUGGAGGAGAUCUACGGCUCGCUCAACUCCCUCCGCCAGGAGAUCGAGACCAUGAGGUUCCCCCUGGGCACCCAGGAGAGCCCUGCACGCACCUGCCAGGACCUCAGACUCAGUCAGCCAGACAAGCCAGAUGGAGAGUACUGGAUCGACCCCAACCAGGGCUGCUCCCGAGACUCCUUCAAGGUCUUCUGUAACUUCACCGCGGGAGGGGAGACCUGCCUGUACCCCAGCAAGAACGUCAACACAGUGAAGAUGAAUUCGUGGAUCAAGGAGACUCCAGGCUCCUGGUACAGUCAGUUUGCCACAGGCAGCAAGCUCUCCUACGUGGACUCCAACGGUGAGCCCGUCGGCGUGGUGCAGCUCGGCUUCCUGCGCCUGCUGAGCGUCCAGGCCCGCCAGAACCUCACCUACCACUGCCAGCGCUCCGUGGCCUGGGUCGACGGCACCGCCAAGAACAACCACAAGAGGGCGCUCCACCUCCAGGGCGCCAACGAGGAGGAGCUCAGCUACGAGACCAGCCCCUACAUCAAGGCUCUCGUGGACGGAUGCUCUUAUGGUAAAGGGCUCGACAGGACAGUUCUGGAGGUGAACACACCACAGGUGGAGCAACUCCCCCUACUGGACAUCAAGAUCACAGACUUUGGGGAGAGCAACCAGAAGUUUGGCUUUGAAGUGGGACCUGUGUGUUUCCAGGGCUAAAACUAAAACAGAAAGAGACACACAGACACAUUAGAAAGAUACACAUACACUGACACUGACUCGGACAUUCACAGUCUGACACACGCACACGCACGCACACACACUCAUGCACUUAAAGACACACAUAGAGAAUACAUGGCCGAUAAUAUGUAAAUUAAAUUGAUGACUUCACACUCACACACAUACACAAACACAUACACACAGAUGCUGUUGUGAGAUCGACAUGCACUCACUCAAGUACAUGCCGAGGGAGCAAAACACCUCCCAACAGAGCGACGGACGUGAAGAGGAGAAGAAGAGCCAAUUAGAACAACACAAACACAAACUCUCGCGACCAAGGAGAACCGCAGAAGAUCGACCGUGAGACGACAGAGCUCGAGUUCGGAACCUCAAGCAGAAUAAAACUGUGUUCUUCUACAGCGAUAAGACGGCCUUAGGCGCCGACAAACUACCGUACCUGCCCCCUGCCCCCACCCCCCCCCCACGCCCCCGCCACCCCCCCCCCCCUUGCUUCUCCCCGCUGUCUCUCGCUCUCUCUCCACUCGUCUCACCCAUUCUACCUCCUCUGUCUGCCCUCACCCAGCCCCCGCACCCUUCACACCUGUACAUGUCCCUAGUCGAGCCCUGCCCCUUCCUGUGCCUCACUUCCUGUCCCAAGGUAACUUAGAGAUGACCUGGGUCUCCACCUCAUCCAGGUGUAUAUGGGUAACUACCGCAUUUCCGUGGCGACCGUGAAGCUCGUAGGAUCUCAUGUAUUUUAUAAAUGUUACAAAACUGUCUUAAACAGAAACAGGAAGUAUAGUAGAAAGAUCAGCUCUGAUUGGCCACAACAAUAAUGCCAUGGAAACCAGUCCAGUAUUUACUUAUUUUUUUGUUUUUACCUUUUUUCAAGCACGGAAAACAAUUAUCAGGUGGUUAAAUAUGUAUGAGUUUCAUAGUUGCCGCAAAACUAAAACAUUAUCUUCAGCCAAUAAAUGCAGGCUUUCAAAAGGAGCUACUUAUACUGAAACUUGGUGUUAUUACUACAGAGAAAUUGUUUCCUUUAGUCUUUUUCACAAUCACAUACUGAUGAUGUGGCCACGUUCCCAUACUGGAAAUGUGCGUUACAAUCCAUUUGUACAGAGAUGGUGAUAUUCUAAUGUAUUUAUUAAAAAAACAAGGUGCUAUAUAAGGAAAAACAAAAACAACCAAAUACUCCAGUCAAAUGUGGUAUUUCAUUUUUUAUUUAUUUCCUGUAGUUAUCACAUUGACGGUCAUGAGAACGAUUAAAUGCGUAUUAAAACCAAAAACACUAUGAGCUGAGUUAUCUGUACACGCCUCAUUGGUCUAUGCAAGUUACAGGCUAGGUAAGGAAACACUUUCUGUGACAACAACCAAAGAACUUGUGGCCAUAUUUCGUUGUAACCCUUCAGAGAUCAUCAACUGUACUGUUCUGUUGCGUUUGCUUCCGUUAUGAUUAAAUGGUGACUCGUCAUGAUCUUUCAUAUCUCUUUGUCACUGUUGGACAGGGCUUGGCUGGGUGGCACUAGCCUGGGGUAAGCUGGGCUGGGGCUUGGUUUGAACACACUUUGGGUAAGCUAGGCUGUAAGUAAGGCUGGCCUGGUCUGGGUUAGGUUUCAAAAGAAUCAUUGGCUCCAGGUAUAGUUUAUUCAUCUGUGGUUCUGGGCUGGGGGAUUUAAGGGCUUGAGAAGGUUCAGAGUUUAGUGAACAGUGGACUUCUCUCCAACACCUGGUUCUUCUUGUAGAGAGAGGAGAGGACAGUUAGCAGGAGACAGCUAGCUUGAGGGGAAGCUAGUUUAUCAACCACAAAGGGAAACAGAUAACAAACAUAUUGUUUCGAAGUCCGAUGUGGCUAUGGGCUAAUAUAAUUAUGGGUUAUGUGGUGUAAUUGUUUUUACUGUUUGUCUUUUGAUAUAGCAGAAAAGGGGGGUAACCUAAAACAAAAAGCAGAGGUUGAAUUAUUUUUAAUUAAAGAUUGUCUUUGUCAUUCUCUGAAGACAGUCACAUUGACUUAAGGGUUUGUUGAAGACAAACAGAUGUUUCAACUAAAUAAUGGUGCUGAAAAGAGAAAAAGUAUUAUUUUAUAAUGUGUGUAAGUAAUUUUUUUUUUAAUUUUUUUGUUUCUGUAAUAUAUAAUCUUUUUAAAAGAGCUGCUUGACUCCCUUGUUUUUCUUCCAAGUCCCUUCCCCAUUUUCACUCUCUCUUGACUGGCUGGCUGGCAAUGCAUGUUGCCUAGGGUUACUUUUAAGCCAGUGUUUUUUUAUUUCAUUUCCUAGUUCCUGUUCCAGAAUGACAUCAUCACUCACAAGGCUUCAUCCGCCUGUGUGAACAGUCGCGCCCUUAAAACCAGGUGUGUGUCAUUCAGAAGUCAUUAUUGAUUAUAUCCACUAUAAAUCACCUCAACAUCACAAUAGAUAUGUCAGUGAAAAUGUCCUUCCCUCGCUCCCUGCCUUUCUCCCUCCUCCCCUACACUGUCGUUUUGUCCUCUUAGACUUCAGUUGCUUUGGUGUACUGUAGCUCCACUGUCUUGGAUCCAUUCUUGGCUUGUUGAUGUCUUUCUGUUCAAAGUCUUUGAUUAAACCACAUGCCAGCGCA